AAUUCUCAAUUUGACUCAAUACAAGUAUAUAAGCAAAGAUACAUCGAAAAAGUGAGUGUGUCAACAGAAGUGAGAAAACGAAGCACACAAGAUAUAUCCAACAUGGAAGAAGAAAACACAACAAUCAUCAUGACGUCACUUGCAACUCUCUCUCCUUCACAUCUAACAAAUCUCACUCACUCCAUUCUUUCUCUCUCCCACCACCAUCGCCGUCGUCUCGCCGCCGUCCUCUCUUCUCCGACGCUUUUCUCACUCACCCUCCGCCACCUCCUCUCUCUCUCCCUCCCUCAAAAAACCCUCCUCAUCGCCAACCACCUCCUCUCUCUUCUCCAUCCUCUUCUCCUCCACCGUAACCACCACUCUCUCUCCUCGUCCGCCUCCGCCAUGAAGCUCCGAGACCUAGACGCGGUGGUCCUCCUCCUUUUUCUAUGCGAAACACACCAGCUUGAUCCAGACGUUCUAGAAGCUUCCGCUGAUAAUUGGCGCGAAAUGCUCGGUAAAAUGUGCUCUGAUCUCAUGUUAAAUAAUAUAUCCGGUCUCUGGACUUGCGACGCCGGAAUCUUGAUGCCGUACAUAGAAACCCUAGUUAGAUGCAAAAGAUUCGUCGACAUAAUGGGAGGCUACAACCAUCUUCGUCGAGGAGGAGAGAAAGAAGGCUGUGAAAUUCCGGCGGCUAGAGCGGCUGUGGUAGCGUUACGGGCGGUUCAAGUGUUAAAUUCCGCCGCUUCAAACGCCGGAGAAGUAGAAUGCGUGAUAUGCAAGGAAGACAUGAGCGAAGGAAGGGAUGUUUGUGAAAUGCCAUGUCAGCAUCUGUUUCAUUGGAAGUGUAUAUUGCCAUGGCUUAGCAAGAAGAACACGUGUCCUUCUUGUAGGUUUCAACUUCCCACCGACGAUGUCUUCUCCGAGAUCCAACGGCUUUGGGAGAUCCUCGUCAAGACCACCGGGUUACACGUGGCGUGAUCUCAGCUCUCGGUGAUGUAAUACAUGUGUAAGAAGCCUGUACAUCGUUAUCUCUAUACUAUAACAGAUAUAGAAAUGUUUGGACCGUUUUGAUCUUUAAUUGAAUUUAUGUUUUUUCUUUUGAUAAAGACACGUGUGUUAUAGACUCAUAACGAC